AUGUUUCAUUCAUCACUUCCAGAACAAGUAGCCGACUGUUACGCGGCUCGUGAAUACGGGAAUCUAAAAAGUAUGAUACUGGAGAAGCAGGAAAAUCUGGUAUUGUUAGAAUCAAAUUAUGACGAAAGAAACAAUACGAUGAAAAAGGUGCUGGAACCGAUGGAAGGUGUUAUUAGGGAUAUUUUUCUCAGUUCUGUUGGUUCUGGGCCGGUAGUAGUAAGCACGAACGAAAAACAGUUUGAUAAUGGCAAAAGAAAGCGGCAGCGUGAUGGAAGCUCGGAAAGUGUUCCAACGCGUAGGAGGUUAGAUGUGAAAAAGGUUUUACGUGAAAGGUUUUAUGAAAAAGGAUAUGAGCUGGUAAUGUUAUGUAAGGAUAUAGUCCAUUUCAGCAGUCGACGAGCAGGAGCAACAUCCAGACGAGUGACGCGCUUACGCAGAAGUCACAAUUUAGAGGAAUCCGAACAGCGUUCCCGUGCCCGAAAACUGCGUAAGAAUGCUCGCCGAAAUCUGAAGCGACAGAAAUGGUUGACGCAUUAUGAUGACGAUAACAUCGGCUGUAUCUGUGCCGCGGUUGACACGGUGAUGAUUUUAUUUGUUUUCUGA